UAUGGGAAAGGGUUUUUGAAAAAGCUUGUGAGAUGACUACUGUUGUGACUGAUCAGGAAGGUUCUUCUUUUGAUAACCCAUCUACAUCAUCAUCUUCAUCCAGUGAAGCCCUCUCUCCCACAAAAUCUACGAUACCUCCAGCCCUCACUUCAACCAUUUCAUCAGAUUCCGCAACACCUUCCGUCUUUUCUUCAUCCACCAUAUCAUCUCUAGGUGGUUCAGACUCAACCUCUACGACAAACCCUUCAUCACACACCGUAUCUCCCUCUGUUUCAUCAUCGACAUAUGUGAUAUCCGACUCUUCACCGACCCAGACUUCUCAAUUGAAAGAUCCACAACAAGCCACCACUCAUCCUAUUCGAUCAAUCAGGACAAACUCCACCAUACUCUGUAUCCCCCUUUCCAUCACUCUCGACGCCUUAUGUCAUGCUAAACGAUAUCACGAUCUAAGAAAAGUAUGGCAACAAACUUUUGAUGCUGGUUUUGGAUUAGACGCUGCGAAUUGGAAUCACUAUGCUGUCGCUUUGGCUAGAAUGGGGGAUGUGGAAAGAGCGUUCAAAGUUGUUCAAGAUGUUUUGUUAGUGAGAUGGGAUGAAAUUAAUUCAAGGAGAGAAAGAGCUUUGAGGGAAGUUUAUCCUUCAACAUUAUCAUCUUUAAACGAUGAUUCGUCUCAUUCUGUUCCUUUAUCAAAUAACCCAUAUUCUUCUCAAAAUAAUUCUGGCAUAUCGCAAUCAUAUGAUCUUCCCUGGUCGACUUUA